AUGGCCACGGCGACCGCGUUUUCCACCCUUUCUGUGCCGCCACCUGACGAACACAUGGAGAUGUCGUCUCCAGCCAACGGUCUCCUCGACGAAGAGGACAUCGACAUCGAUUUCGAUGACUACGCCGGCGGCGUUCCUACUGGCGAUGAUGACCAUAUGCUCGAAGAUGCCGACACGCGUCACGGAAUGAACACUGAUGACAUGAUGGAAGACGACCCCUUCACUGCCGAUCAAGCGAGCGUGGCGGAAGAGGUGAUGCGCGACGACGCUAUACCCCCGCCGGUAGAAGAAGAUGAGGAGUUGAUUGAUUAUGGGGAGGAUGACUUUCACGAUGAAGCUACUGAGGAGACCUUCACAUCUCUGCCAGUGGAAGAGGCUGCGCCCGCCACGAUUUCCAGCAUGGUAGAAGUAGACGGGGGAAUCUCCCGAUCACUGGAAGUCGCUGGUGAAGAGACUGCUGCAACUGCUGUGAUCGAUGAAGGACACGCCGGCGUUACGCUAGAAGAAGCACCGCUAACUUCCGCCGCGAAUGCCGACGGUGCAGUCUCUCUCGAGCCGACGGCUGAAGAGCACGAUGUUGCCGCCACGGAGAGUGUCUACGAGUUCGAUGAAACUCACCAUGAUGACGAUCCAGCCCGUUCGGCCUUGGUAGUCGAUACUACCCUGACCACCGAAGACAAUACCCCUGGUACACCCACCGACACCGGUCUCCACCCGAUGACAUGCCGCUAUGGUGACAUGGUCAUGCCACUGUUCAAAUCGAAGCGCCAGCCAGCGGGGCUGUUGAAGGACGACAAUCUCGCCAACCUCAGUUUGGCCGAGCUAAUCCAAAAUUGUAGAGAGAGACUGGCGACGAAGAUAGGUGAUGACAUUGGGGAAGAUCAAGAGCUUGUUCUGAGCUUUGAUCAUUUUGGUCUGAUGCUCGUUGAGGAUACACGCGCCGCGUUUGAGAGCAGCCUCAACGAUGUUCUCGAGGUCUAUCUGCAACUGUACCGCAACGAUGGCGUCGACGAAGCCCCUCCUCUCUCACUCACCCUGUCCCUUCAACUCAAGUUUGCAAGUAGUUUGACAAUGUUCAAGGAGGCUGCGGCAGGUGGACAAGGCAUGUCUCAUUUCAGCUUUCUGCAGCCGGCGGGGGAGGAAGACGUCGUAUAUGGCGAAUACCAUGACGAAGGCGCUGCUGAGCUUCAUGGAGAAGAGGAAGACCCGAAUGAGGAAGAGUUUGAUGAGACCGCGGUUGCGCAUGGCGAAACAGAAGAUGAUCACCUCCAAAACACUGGUGACGCAAAUGGCCAAGACGAGCAAGAAGCCCACGAAGAAGCAGAUUACUACCACGAAGAUGGCGAAGGUGAGACAUACGAUGACCAGAACGGAGAGCAACCGCCACCCGGAUUCGAGCAGCUUCUACAAGGCGAAGCAGCACCAUCCCCACAUGAGGCCUACAACGCGCCCCAGGACCCAGGAGCAAGUAACGAAGAUGCCGGACCAACCGCGAGUACUGCUGUCGCCUCUGCUGGACCUCUGGAAACCGUUCAACCCGCAUCCAAGGAGGCCGGUUCAUCAACACUCCAAGCAGAGACUGGCCUUGACAACACUGGUGAGUACGACUUGAUUGACUGGGACGACGAUUCUCUGACGACCGACCUCUCAGAUCCCUCCGCGGACGGCCAGGAUGAUUUCUCUACCUUCCUCACCGAGUUUGACGAGGAUGACCAAGCUGUCAAGGAGGUCAACGUAGACCACGACAAUUCCAACGUGGAAGCGUCCAUCAGCGUUGGCUUGGUCUCUGAUGAAGCAGCUCAUACUCAAUUGGGCACUGACCUCGAUGAGUUCGGAGAGCAAAACUACGAGGGACAUGAAUCCGCGGAGCACGACGUCGACUUCGAUGAGCAAGAUCCAGGCGACGACCUUGCCGGCGAAGAAGAAGGACAAGACUAUGACCAGGCUGACACACAUGACGAACAGCACCAUGACGCAUCGCAUGAGCUCGACUUCCAGUUUGGCGAAGAGGACGAGCAAUACGACGACUCGCAGAAUUACCAAAACGGCGAUGGCUACGAACACGGGCUGGAGCAUGGCCUGGAAGACGACGAGGGAAUCGAUGACUCUGUCGAUACUGUCGUGCAUCACACCGUUGACGACGCUCCCGCCGAAGACGCACUGGUAGAUUUCGACGACGAGGAACUCGACUUCGGCGAAGACACCACAGACCAGCAUGAAGACGAUGCCACCGCCCCGUCUGCGACUCCGGGCUCCUUACGCGGAAAGCGCUCGUUUGAUGAGCAGGCCGACGCCGAGGACUUUGGAGACAACGAAAGAGAGCUCAAGAAGGCCAGAGCCGGCUGA